AUGGCAACCAAAGGUACAGCAGUCGGAUCGGUCUCUUGGAUCGCAGCUGAAAAGGAGAACGCGUUGAGCCUACUACGAAAUGAGAAAGAGGAUGUCAUUUAUCCAGCCCAGCACCAGCUUGAAUGGCUCAGUGAGCAUAUGGCCGAGAUAUUCAACACAAGCCAUCUCGAUGUCGCCAACGUCUUUAAGACACCCGGGAAGCUCCGAGGAAAGACUCCUCGUACUGCAAGGAAACGAAACACCCAAGAUGCACGAAUACCUCUGAGCGAUGUCUUUUCAUCAAAACCUUUACUCCGACAGAGUCCGCAAAAGAGAGUAGAUCAGCCUAAGCUGCGCUUCGAAAUCCCAACCGGCAACGAUCAAACACAGCAACCUGUUAAGUCACAGACCGACUCAGGCUACCACACCGCAAGCCAAGAUGACGUGGAUAUCGGCAUACAUUCUUACUCGAGCAACGUACCAGAAGCAGUACAUGAAGAGUCCUCUGGAAAUACAGAUAUGUCUUCAGACCAUAAUAUGGAUGAUGCAAUGGAAGAAGGACACCGUACUACCGAAGGAUCCUUUCAUUCAGCAAAAGAAGACCAAACAACAAAGAUAACGGGGCCCGAAGUGGUUGCGAUGGGAGUGGCGCCUCAAAAUGCACCCCUGGAUAUUCAUCGGAGUAACAAUAUCGAAGCGAGAAACGAGCGGCAAGCACAAAUACACCCCGAAUUGGAUGACAUUGGCUCCCCUUCCGAUGAAUCAACCCCUGAGAGACCUUUGGUGAGGAAGAGCAGUCUGACAUUUGCUUCCCUGCCGGCUCGGGAGCCAUUGAAAACAAGUAUAGGCACUAGAAUCUCACGAACAAGCCACGUCGACCAAGUACACCGACCGCCAUCAUGUACUUAUGGGUUUCGGCCGAACGUUCCUUCGAAUCAAUCUCUAUCGCACCCGGCCCGUGAUGACAAUAAAGAUGUUGAGAUGGACGAUGCAGACGACGAUGAAAACGACUCAAACGUGCAGAUUCUGGGCCACGACGAUUCUGAGACCGAGAACCAAGUCACUAAAGAUCACGCAAAGUUCUCGACGCAAAGACUGCAUGAGAAAAUUGACAUGCUUGGGAGGAUUCCUCCCCCAAGACCUUCUAAAUCAAUCCCUUCAGCUAUCGUCCUGUCAGACGUAAAACAGCUGGAUGAACAACGCCAGAAACCCCAGAACGAAAUACGGACACAGGUCGCGAAUGACGAUGACGAUGACUGGAUCAAGCCGUUGAAUAGUCCAGAAGCUGCCAGACCAUCUCCUUCAAAGACCGCACUGACUCUGGGAUCAGAUAGUGAGGAUGAAUUUGAUCUUCGGGCCCCUGAACUGAUUGCGCAUGAAGAGCGCAUGAGGACUCCCAUUCGCAUGUCACCGGGCCCCGGUAAGAUGAUGCCAGGUUUUGGUCACACCAAAUCUGCAUCAACCGCCACUCUGGCUUCACCUGCAAAGGCAUCCAUGGCACCGCCGCCGAGCCCCGCGAAAUCCAUAUCAGUUUCAAAUCCAACUCAAAGCAUAUCAACCCCACAAGGCUCGCCGAAGCGCUAUCUCGAUCUAAGUGCUUCCAAGUCCAAGUUGCAAUCUAUCAUGAAGACUGCCAAAGGCUUAUUCACUAGCAGUGCAAGCAUAUCAGCCGCGGCCAAACUGGAAACUUUAUCUCCUAAUGCUCUCAAGGUGGCUUCAAAUGCAAUGCCUGGAAUGUACCCGAACCUCAAUGCUCUAAUUGAAGAUAAGCCUUUACCGGAAGACCCCCCCAAGGAGGCGAGAAAGACACGCAGUUCCACGGAGAGAGAAAAGGAGGAGAAACGAAAGGAAAAAGAGGUCCACUUAAAGCAGAGGAUGGACGACCAACUGCAGAAGGCACGAGAAGAGGAGAGAAAGAAGGUCGCCGAACAAAAGCUCGUACGUGAACAGGUGGCCAAAAAGGAUGUUGAGCAACUCCGGCCUUCAAGCCCAAAACAUCAGACUGUUGAGCAACAAGAAUCGACCGAAUCGGCGGCGAGACCAACCCGGCCAAUAAGACUGGGAAAAGAGCACCCGAUCAACAAGGCUAAGCCCGCACCUGUGUCUAUACGAGUCGGGACACUGUCUCAACGAGUGCCAGCCAAUUCAUCGCAGGCGGCUUCAAAUACACAGGAAACUCUAGCUGCCGAGCCCAAGCGCCCCGGGUUGAACAAAAAGGCUAGCACUGCCUCCUUGCAGUCAUCGGCAUCGACAACCGUGAAAUCCUCGAUCCAUCCGCCUCCGAAGCCAAGAGCUUUGCUUGCAGCAGAACGCAAGAAAGAACAGGACGAACGAGAGGCACAGAGAAAGCUUGAGCAGAAGCGAGAACUGGAGCGCAAGCGAGCAGCUCAACAGGAAGAGGCGCGAAGGCAGGAACAGAGGCAGCGUGCGGAGGCAGAGAAGCGUGAAAGAGAGCGAGUGGCAGCAGAACAAGCGAAGCGACAGGCCCAACAGCAGGCUAUUGAGCGCAAACGUCAAGAGACUGCUAGAAAGGCGGAGCAGCAACGAUUGGAGCGUGCUGCUAACGAAGCCGCCCAGGUCAGACCUUCCUCGCGUCUUGGUGGUCAGCCCACGGGCCGGUCAUUACUGAACCAUGCUUUGCCUACCAAUCCUGCGAAACCUGCCAAACGACCACUGGAGGAAGAGCAGGGCACGAUUCGUCCACAAAACUCAAAGCAAGGCAUUAUGCCGUCUCAAGGCGACACAAAGAGACGGAAGACUGAGGAAGAAACUGUGACUGAAAUUCUGCCGCGUCCUGUUGUCUCCGGUGCACCCAUACGGCAGUCACAGCUCGGAAAGAAGGCGUCGAUCUUCAACCAUGCCACAUACACGCAAGCACAAUCCUCGACGUAUGUGAGCCAAUUCCCGCAACCUCCCAGCCGAGCCGCUCCCCCCCAGAUGCAACAAUAUGCCACAGGCGGAAAGAUUCCCUUUGCAGACGCCCCCAACCCACCAGCUCAUACGAAAACUCCCAUAUCAAUCAUGCAACAGAAGACGAUCCAGACAGUCAAGUCUUCGCCCCAGUAUCCUAACGGGGAGGCCAUUCAUCUUCCGGAAAUUCCAACCGACUCGGAGGAUGAAGAUUCAGACGAUGACGGCAAUGCUUUUCCUAUUCCUGAUUGGGCCACGCCGGGUCACCUCACCGAACAACUCAUCCGGCAGGAGGGGAUGGAUGGUGAUGUAGUGUUUGGGCCAAUUGCACCGUUGAAAAUAGAGGAGAUAUUCUCCAAAGGCAAUAAGGACAGAUUGAAACGUCUCCGAGACCGGACUAGCAGCGCCAAUUGGGCACUCAGCGGUGAUGGGCUGACACUGGAAGAGGUCAGAGCGGAUCGAGAACAGCGAGAACGAAUGAGACGAGAAGGUGGUUGGAAAUACGGCAAUUAG